AUGAAUAGAAGAAUUGUGUAAAUAUUCGGGGUCUAAGGAUAUCCGUAAUUCAUCUCAGAACAAUUUUAGUAACAUUAUCAAAAAUUAUUGUUUGUGUAAUUUUAAUUAUUCCAUUAGAGACCAUAUGAAAAUCCACUACAUUUACAAAAUCAACUCACUAUAUGUAUUUUUCAAAAUUAUCAUUAAUUCUAAACUUUGAAAAAUUCAAUUCGAAUUUUAAAACAUUAAAACAUCCCUUUUUAUGUCUUAGGUAUAGGAUGCCCACCUCUUGAUGACACAUAAGAAUAAGAAGUAUUUACAUCAUUCUAAUAGUAUCUACAAUUCAAUGUUAUUCUUCUAGAUAAUUUUUCAUUACAAUUUUGUGAUUUAGAAGAACUUCAUUAAGAUUAACCCAUAGAUUUAGCUUAAUUAAAGGAUUUCAAGAAUUCAUAAAAAUGUUGUCAUAUUUCUUGAAUUUAUAUAUAAAUAUUUUUGUUUAAAAUAAAUGGACUUAGAAAAAUACUUAGCGCGAUUUCCUAAUUCAAACACUAACCUUAAUAAGUUCAUUUAAAAGGAUAUUCUAAACCUAUAAUGUACCUACAUUCCACCAAUAGUUAUACUUCAUAAAUAAUCAUAAAAAAUAGAUUUCUCAGAGGUUAUGAGUCUUUUGUAAAAUUUUCAAAAUUAUAAUACUCGUGACUUUCGAUAAAGUCAUCUUGAUUUUGAUGGGAAAACAUGUAUUGCAUUAUUUUUAUUUAGUUUAUGUUACUAUUCAUGAUGAAAAGAAAUGUAUUUUAAAGGAUGGAGAAGAUAAUGCUUUGGUUAUUAUUAAUUCUUAAAAUAUUAUUACAGUUGGUCUAAUAGAUUCCUUUUCAAAGUGUAAAAAAUAUUUCCUCUAAACUUUAUAUCUGUCUGAUAAAUUGAAAAAUGAUAAUUAUAAGUAAUUAUUUUGA